GUGGACUUGACGUUAUUCGAUUAAUUACUUGUACGACAUGUCCUUUUGAAGAUUUUUUUUUCAUCAAAUCAAUGGAGUAGGAUUUUCCGCCUUUGCGUUAUCUUCUACCCAUUGUUUAUUCGCCAAUCUCCAACUCACUCUCACAAAUGGGGCUUCAUAUCCUCAAAACGACACCGUUUUCUUCUUCUUCUUCCCCGAAAUCACUACUCCUUAUCACCGCCACCGCUGCUAAUUAUGUUCUUCCUUGUAAUAGGCGCUUGAGAUUUCCAUUUUCUUCACCGAAGGCUAUUUCUUGCUCAAUUUCUUUAUCAGAGUCCAGUAGGUCCUUUCUCCAGAGCAAGCGUAGAUACCGUGGAAGUCAAGUCGUGGCCAUGGCAGCUCCGGGGUCGCUCCAGAAAUCCGAGGAAGAGUGGCGUGCUAUUCUCUCCCCUGAACAGUUUCGAAUUUUGAGACAAAAGGGCACUGAGUAUCCAGGCACAGGAGAAUAUGACAAAUUCUUUGGUGAUGGUGUUUAUAACUGUGCUGGAUGUAACACUCCUCUUUACAGAUCCAUAACAAAAUUCAAUCCUGGUUGUGGUUGGCCUGCUUUUUAUAAAGGUCUCCCAGGAGCUAUAAAUCGAAAUCCGGAUCCUGAUGGGAUGAGAACUGAAAUCACUUGUGCAGCUUGUGGUGGUCAUUUAGGCCAUGUUUUUAGAGGUGAAGGUUUUCGAACGCCGACGAAUGAACGUCAUUGUGUUAAUAGCAUAUCACUCAAGUUUGCUCCUGCAAAUUCUUGGUUAUAGUAGCAUAUAUGUUGGUACUAUUUAUUCAUUCUGUAUAGAAACAUGUCCAUAAUGAUGUAUGUAAGUUCUGUAUUAAAUUCUAUUUUGAUGGUUCUAUUGUGUUUGAACUUCAUGCUUCCUUGAAAUGAAGGCAAAAUCUCGAAUUUCUUCGAGUUUCAUGUACUGUUA